UGUUGAGCUGGAGAAGAUGGCGGCUGUUGUAGUGAACGCUGAUGGAGUCGCCGCAUCGCUGGACUCGUGUUCAGUUUCUCCGCGGUUACCCUCACCGUCACCGGAUCAGCCGCACCAGAACAACGCGCUGCUGUCGCUGCCGAUAGUGGCCAUCGACACUAUCCUCAACUUCCUGUCUUACGACGAGAUCAGUGUGCUUAGACCGGUAUGUAAACGCAUGGAUGUGAUCUGUCAACGCAUGCUGAAUCAAGGCUUUCUGAAAGUGGAACGCUAUCACAGCUUGUGCCAGAGACAAGUGAAAGCCCAGCUGCCCAGGAGGGAAUCAGAGCGUAGGAAUCACUCUUUGGCUCGUCAUGCAGAUAUUCUAGCUGCAGUGGAGACGCGUCUGUCGUUGCUCAACAUGACCUUCAUGAAAUAUGUGGAUUCCAGUUUGUGUUGCUUCAUUCCUGGAAAGGUGAUAGAUGAAAUUUAUCGGGUUUUGCGUUACGUGAACUCCACGCGUGCUCCUCAGAGAGCUCAUGAGGUUCUUCAGGAACUGCGGGACAUCUCUUCAAUGGCCAUGGAGUACUUUGAUGAGAAGAUCGUCCCCAUCCUGAAGAAGAGACUUCCAGGAGCUGAUCUCUCUGGACGUCUCCUAGGAUCUGCUCCUGUGGCUGGUCCCUCUACAUCUCUGACCACCAUGUCCCUGCUGGCCAAAAACACACCGUCACGCUCAGAGAUGACCAAGGUCCAGCAGCAGGUGAAGGUGAAUGGGGCGUCGAUGGUGGCCCUGCGGCGAGACAUGCAGGAGAUGCGCGUCAAACAGCUGGAGCAGCAGAAGCAGCUGCAGGAUCAGGAGCAGAAACUUCUGGAGCAGUCGCAGGUGAUUGGCGAGCAGAGCGCCCGGCUGGCCGAGCUGGAGCACAAGCUUAGGGAACUGAUGGACAGCACGGCAGCGGCAGCCUCCACCAGCACGUCCAACGGUCCUGAGGACAAGGCCACACCUGCCAACGCCAUCAAACGCAAGUGCGUGGACAGCCCGCGACACUCCAAACGCCUGCGUAGCAAAAAAUAGAGGGACAUUUAGUAAACCUGUAUAUUUUUACGUUUGUCCUCUGCUUCCUUUGAGCUAUAUGGUUUCAUUUUCACCAGUGUCCAGCGGUGAAACAAGAAAUGAAGAAACAGUUGAACAUGAGAGGGAUUUUUCUUUUAGCGGUGGAUUCAUUUUUCUUAUAUCAAAUAUUACACUAACGCUUGAAGCCCCAUCGCUUAUUUUAAUGUUCGGCAUCGGCCUUGAGCGAUAUUCUCCAUUAAUGUUUACCAGCAAUCUGUAAGUCACCCUAGAGAGAGUUGCAAAGGUCACUGAAUGUACAGAGCUUUUUGUCACUGAAUGUACAGAGCUUUUGUAAAUCAGCUACCAGACAUUGGCAGAAACUUGGGACUUCAUAUCGACAGUGAACACAAGUAUGACGAGAGCACCGCGGCACACACACAAAGAUUCUCUUUGCAGAUUUGGUCGCAACAAUGCAACAUAUGAAAUGUGAUGUGUGUGAUGCUAGACUUUAAGUCAUAUGGUCAUAUCAACAGUAAAUAUCAGCUUUGAUGAGAAUUUGGUCUGAGAUAAUGUGCUUCAACAGUAAGGGUCUGCAGGUGUAGCAUACAUCAUGAUGUAAUUGUGUGUCUGAGUUUGGUCAGUCACUGAAGAUGUCUUCUACGUGUCAUUGCCAUGUUGUACCUGCCACUCUUUGUAGGUGUCUCAUUUACUGCAAAUAGAAUUGUGUCAGUGCAAUAAAAAUAUGUGGUAAGCCUUGUUACUAGGAAAGUA